AUGAAGCGCUUGGGGUACAGAAAAUCGCGGAAUGGAUGCACUCGAUGCAAGAAAAGAAGAGUUAAGUGUGACGAGAAGAAGCCCUGUACUGCAUGUGUCCGCCACGAGUUACCAUGCAGUCUGGAGAACUCGGAACAGCAAUCGAGCCCUUCAUCUCCGACGAGAGCUCAACGAUCGUCAGGAAGCCCUGGGCACCGUUCUACGCAAUCAUUUCCACCGGCCUCGGUAUUUGCCUUCGAAUACCAGACAGGGUCUCUGUCCCCGGGAACUUUGUCAUCACCAUCUGCGACCGAAGCGGUUGGGGACCACCACAGCGGGUCCGACUUCGGGAGAGAACAGAUAUCUCCUCCAUCGCAACCGGACCCUUUUUCUUACAUCUCGCGGUUCCUAACGGUCCUCAACCAGUCGGAGCCGGCGAGCGGUUGGAUCCCGGAUCUUGAACUUAUGCACCACUAUAGUUCGAUUACAUACCAAACUGUCGCUCAGUCGACCUUGGUUCAGAAGGCCCUACAAUACGACAUUCCUAGAGUAGCUCUGUCCUACCCAUUCCUCCUCCAUCAAAUUCUUGCCUUUUCAGCUUAUCACUUAGCGUAUCUUGAACCUAACUCCCGACAAAACUACCUAUUACACGCUGCUCAACAUCAGAAUAAUGCUAUAAAUGGCAUGAGGGGGACUUUGGUUGGAACGAUAUCCUCUUCCAACUGUCACGCCCUCUACGCGUCAUCUAUAUUUCUUACUUUCAGCGCUUUCGCUACCUACCCCGUGGACGAGAAAUACAAUCCCUCAUUCUCCCCGAUCGACAGUAUACUCGACAUAUUCAACUUGACUAUUGGAAUGGCCACAAUUCUUCGCACAUCGGAGGAUGAUUUACGAAAUGGCCCAUUGCGAGAGAUGUUCCACCACGGUCCAGGCGACAAGACGCCAUCCGCGGUGCGGCCGACAUUAAAACCCCUAUUCGAUCGGUUAUCUCGCUUAAGCUCCGAAGUCCUGGAGCUUGGUUUGGUUGACAACAAGGAAAGAAUUACAAUCACUGAUACAAUCAGAGCACUUAAAGUCUGUAUUGCUAAGGUAUCCUUCUUCGACGCUUCAACGGUAUCCGCGGAGAUUCGUGCAAUAUUCCUUUUGCCGGGAGUAAUAUCUAGUGAUUACUUGAACAUGCUCCGUUGCCGACAUCCUGCAGCGUUGGUAGUACUUGCGCAUUAUUGCGUGAUUAUACAUUCGGCCGAGCUUUUCUGUUGGUACCUGAGUGGCUGGCCAAAGUCUCUGAUAUCCGCUAUCUCGGAGCAAGUAGAUCGGGGACCAUGGGCCGAGUUAGCCAGGUGGCCGAUAGAGGUUAUAGGACUUGAGGAUAUAGGAAAAACUUAG